AUGAGAUGUCUUGUUCCUGUUCGCUUUUUUUUUCCAUCCCACAUUUUCGGUCAGUAUAAUCUCUGUCCUUCAAAUAAUUUAGACAUCUUCUUAUCUUCAGACGUUGACCUACGUUUAUUAGUUUCAUCCAUCUUUUUCUAUUUUCCGUUUUCUUUCUUUUACUUCUUUCUUUCUUUUCCGUCUAUUGCUCUUGUACAUCUUUCUCUCUUUUUCCAUCUCUCUUUUUUCAAUAACUUUCUUUCUUUUCCAUCUAUCUUUCUUUUCCGUCUAUUGCUCUUGUACAUCUUUCUCUCUUUUUCCAUCUCUCUUUUUUCAAUAUCUUUCUUUUGCUUCUUUCUCUCUUUUCCGUCUAUUCCUCUUGUACAUCUUUCUCUCUUUUCUGUCUAUUGCUCUUGUACAUCUUUCUCUCUUUUUUCAUCUCUCUUUUUUCAAUAUCUUUCUUUCUUUUCCAUCUUUCUUUCUUUUCCGUCUAUUCCUCUUGUACAUCUUUCUCUCUUUUUUCGUCUCUGUUUUUUCAAUAUCUUUCUUUCUUUUCCAUCUUUCUUUCUUUUCCGUCUAUUCCUCUUGUACAUCUUUCUCUCUUUUUCCAUCUCCUCUUUUUUCAAUAUCUUUCUUUCUUUCGCUUCUUUCUUUCUUUUCUGUCUAUUGCUCUUGUACAUCUUUCUCUCUUUUUUCAAUAUCUUUCUUUUGCUUCUUUCUUUCUUUUCCUUUUAUUGCUCUUGUACAUUUUUCUCUCUUUUUCCAUCUCUCUUUUUUCAAUAUCUUUCUUUCUUUCCAUCUUUCUUUCUUUUCCGUCUAUUCCUCUUGUACAUCUUUCUCUCUUUGUCCAUCUCUCUUUUUUCAAUAUCUUUCUUUCUUUUCAUUCUAUCUUUCUUUUCCGUCUAUUGCUCUUGUACAUCUUUCUCUCUUUUUCCAUCUCUCUUUUUUCAAUAUCUUUCUUUCUUUUCCAACUUUCUUUCUUUUCUGUCUAUUGCUCUUGUACAUCUUUCUCUCUUUUUUCAAUAUCUUUCUUUUGCUUCUUUCUUUCUUUUCCUUUUAUUGCUCUUGUACAUUUUUCUCUCUUUUUCCAUCUCUCUUUUUUCAAUAUCUUUCUUUUGCUUCUUUCUUUCUUUUCCUUCUACUGCGCUUGUACAUCUUUCUCUCUUUUUCCAUCUCUCUUUUUUCAAUAUCUUUCUUUCUUUCCAUCUUUCUUUCUUUUCCGUCUAUUCCUCUUGUACAUCUUUCUCUCUUUGUCCAUCUCUCUUUUUUCAAUAUCUUUCUUUCUUUUCCAUCUAUCUUUCUUUUCCGUCUAUUGCUCUUGUACAUCUUUCUCUCUUUUUCCAUCUCUCUUUUUUCAAUAUCUUCUUUCUUUCGCUUCUUUCUUUCUUUUCUGUCUAUUGCUCUUGUACAUCUUUCUCUCUUUUUUCAAUAUCUUUCUUUUGCUUCUUUCUUUCUUUUCCUUCUAUUGCGCUUGUACAUCUUUCUCUCUUUUUCCAUCUCUCUUUUUUCAAUAUCUUCUUUCUUUCGCUUCUUUCUUUCUUUUCUGUCUAUUGCUCUUGUACAUCUUUCUCUCUUUUUUCAAUAUCUUUCUUUUGCUUCUUUCUUUCUUUUCCUUCUAUUGCGCUUGUACAUCUUUCUCUCUUUUUCCAUCUCUCUUUUUUCAAUAUCUUUCUUUCUUUUCCAUCUUUCUUUCUUUUCCGUUUAUUCCUCUUGUACAUCUUUCUCUCUUUGUCCAUCUCUCUUUUUUCAAUAUCUUUCUUUCUUUUCCAUCUUUCUUUCUUUUCCGUUUAUUCCUCUUGUACAUCUUUCUCUCUUUUUCCAUCUCCUCUUUUUUCAAUAUCUUUCUUUCUUUCGCUUCUUUCUUUCUUUUCUGUCUAUUGCUCUUGUACAUCUUUCUCUCUUUUUCCAUCUCUCUUUUUUACUAUCUUUCUUUUCUAUUUUUCUAUAUUGUCAAUUUUUCUCUCUUUUCUACCCCUCUUUCUUUUCCAUCUUUCUGUCUUUUUUAUCUUUUUAUAUUUUUCAUUGCCCUUUCUUUUCCAUUUUUCCCUCCUCUCCAUCUUUCUUUCUUUUCCCUCUUCUUUCCUUGUCCGUCUUUCUUUUCCGCUAUUCUCUCUUUUCUGUCUUUCUUUUCAUUUACAUCUUCCUCUCUUUUCUAUCUUUCUACAUUUUCCAUUUUUCUUUCUUUUCAGUCUUUCUGCCUUUUUCAUCUUUCUUUCUUUUCCAUUUUUCUCGUUUUUCUUUUCUAUUUUUCUUUCUGUUUAUCUUUCUAUAUUUUCCUUUUUGUUUCAUUUCCAUCUUUCUUCUUUUCCAUCAUUCUCUCUUUUCUGUCUUUCUUUUCAUUUACAUCUUCCUCUCUUUUCUAUCUUUCUACAUUUUCCAUUUUUCUUUCUUUUCAGUCUUUCUGCCUUUUUAAUCUUUCUUUCUUUUCCAUUUUUCUCGUUUUUCUUUUCUAUUUUUCUUUCUGUUUAUCUUUCUAUAUUUUCCUUUUUGUUUCAUUUCCAUCUUUCUUCUUUUCCAUCAUUCUCUCCUUUCUGUCUUUCUUUCCUUUACAUCUUCCCUUCUUUCUCCAUCUUUCUAUAUUUUCCAUUUUCCUUUGUUUCCUAUAUUUUUCAUCAUUUUUCUUUCCCACUCUCUUUUCCGUCUUUCUGUCUUUUCCAUUUUUCUUUCUUUUUCGUCUUUCUUUCUUUUUAA